AGUGUCACUUGGGUACUUAAAUGAAUUGGGUUUGGGCCAGUGCCUGAAGGAAGCUUUUGCAAGAACGCCCUAAAUGAUUUCCACUCGCGAACGGCUCUGAGAGUGCUUAAUAAGUUCAACUGGGCGAUCUAAGAGCAGCAGCUCCUAUCCAGUUAAGCGAACGUCCCCAAGGGAACAAUAAUUUGCAGACCAGCCAACUGCAAUCUAAGAGAGGAAGACGCUUGCUGUUGUAAGUCUCCUCCGCCAGCCCUAACCUGCUUACCCCGCAUUCCUCCUGUUCAUCCCGAAAACCGGGCCGUUUACAAUUCUUUUGGUCCUGAACUCGGCAGUUUAGGGAAAAGCGUAGGAAGCCGAGCCCACAGGGGCUAGGGCGCCUCAGGCAAGCCACAGGAUCAAAGUAGGUCGCCAGGCUCUCCGGCAGUUCGAGCGGGUCUCCGCAUGACCGCUGCAGGCGAGCGUCCACGGUGGCGGGCUCCCGCCCCUCACGCAGCUGCGACCUGCGGGGGCGCGCGCAGCCUCGUGGGGUUCCCGCGGAUGCGCGCCUGGCGGGGAGCGCGCAGGGCGGAGAGCCGGGCGCGAGCGCCGCAGCUCACCUGCCGCGGGCGCCACCACGGACGUGCCACGCUGGUGGCCCGAGCUAUUCGGCAGUACCGAAGGAGCCACCCCUCGGCCAGGGCGUGCCAAGGACAGGGGUUAAAAUGAACGAAGACCUGAAGGUCAAUUUAAGCGGGCUGCCUCGGGACUGUAUAGAUGCCGGUGCUCUGGAGAACAUCUCAGCCGCUGUUCCCUCCCAGGGCUCUGUUGCGGAGUCAGAACCCGAGCUCGUUGUCAACCCCUGGGACAUUGUCUUGUGCAGCUCAGGAACCCUCAUCUGCUGUGAAAAUGCCGUUGUGGUCCUUAUCAUCUUCCACAGCCCCAGCCUGCGAGCCCCCAUGUUCCUACUGAUAGGCAGCCUGGCUCUUGCAGACCUGCUGGCUGGCCUGGGACUCAUCAUCAAUUUUGUUUUUGCGUACCUGCUUCAGUCAGAAGCCACCAAGCUGGUCACCAUUGGACUCAUUGUCGCCUCUUUCUCUGCCUCUGUCUGCAGUUUGCUGGCUAUCACUGUGGACCGCUACCUCUCCCUGUAUUACGCCCUGACGUACCACUCCGAGAGGACCGUCACCUUUACCUAUGUCAUGCUAGUGAUGCUCUGGGGAACCUCCAUUUGCCUGGGGCUGCUGCCCGUCAUGGGCUGGAACUGCCUGAGGGACGAGUCCACCUGCAGCGUGGUCAGACCUCUCACUAAGAACAACGCUGCCAUCCUCUCCAUCUCCUUCCUCUUCAUGUUUGCUCUGAUGCUUCAGCUCUACAUCCAGAUUUGUAAGAUUGUGAUGAGGCACGCCCAUCAGAUAGCCCUGCAGCACCACUUCCUGGCUACAUCGCACUAUGUGACUACCCGGAAAGGGGUCUCCACCCUGGCCCUCAUCCUGGGGACCUUUGCUGCCUGCUGGAUGCCUUUCACCCUCUAUUCCUUGAUCGCCGAUUACUCCUACCCCUCGAUCUAUACCUACGCCACCCUCCUGCCCGCCACCUACAAUUCCGUCAUCAACCCUGUCAUUUACGCUUUCAGAAACCAAGAGAUCCAGAAAGCCCUCUGCCUCAUUUGCUGUGGGUGCAUCCCUUCCUCGCUGUCUCAGAGAGCACGGUCUCCCAGCGAUGUGUAGCAGCCUUUUCCUCAUAGGACGCUGCCUCUACCAAGCACCCCCACUGCCCAGGGCGGCCAGUGAUUUCCUCCCCUUAAAUUCUUUGCACUGGACCUCACAAGCAGAAGCAAUGGCAUCUUUUAGACUCGUAUUGACAGUGGAAAUCAUCUUACCAGUGUUUUUUUUAAAAAAAAACUCAACUUCUCGGCUCAGCAUUCUGUUGUUUGGUUCGGGAGUUAGGAUUUGUUUGUUUGUUUGUUUGUUUGGAGGGUGUAGUGGGACCUCAUGUGGCCAUGAAAUUAUACACAAGUCUCGAGGUUUUUUUAACCUAGGCUUGAAAAUAAAUCAAAGUUUUAAAGGAAACUGGAGAAGGAAAUACUUUUUCUGAACUUUUUUUAAAAAUCAAGGUAGAUCUUUCAUUCUGUAUAUAUCUAACAAAUUAAGAGUUUUAUCAUACAACCAAAAUAGUUUAUAUAAUUACAUUUGGAAGGGCUUGUGUUUAUUUCUACAAACUCGGUAAUAAGUGACCAGUAACAAAGACACGAGCUCCUUUCUUUCUUUACUUUCAGCAGUGGUGACUGCUUUUAAAAAUCACUUUGCAGUUUCUCUGUGUUGCAGUUUGGUAUGCAUGGUUACCUGUGGUAGUUAGACCACGAAUUGCAAUAUUGCCAUGUUAAACCCAGAAUUAAAAGAGUCAUUUUCUUUCAAUACAGGUUUUGAAAUAUCUUUUCCAAAGUGAGUCAUGAAAAAAAAAAGUUUCCAGUUAUAUAUGAGAUAGCACUGGUUAGAUUUGUCAUUGUGACUUUUAAAACUCUAGUCUGGUGGUUUUCAGAAAACAAAAGAGAAAAUAUUAAUAGCAUCUAUUGAAAGAAGAUAUAUAUUUAUUUUUAAUAUAUUCUGAGAGAAUAAAUGGGUGUGACACUAUUAGGAAAUAUACAAACAUGGCUUUUCAGAUCUCUA